UAUAAUACCUCCAAUCUUUCUAUAUUUCAUCACUCAGCAACACCUCCACUAACCUAAAGGUUUCUUCUCCUUCUGCUACUUUACUCAUUUCUGCAAAACUCAGUGACACCUUUUUUGGGUGGGAUAUUUCUCUUGAAGUGGGCAUCAGGCAUGGCAAUGGCCCUAAGGGGUGGCGAGCUGAAAAAAUUCUUGGUGGGGUGUCUGUUGUUGGUGCUAAAUCUUGAUAAUGGAGUCUUCGGAGAACCCCAAGUUCCUUGCUACUUCAUUUUUGGUGAUUCACUUGUAGACAAUGGCAAUAACAAUAAUAUCAACUCCCUAGCCAAAGCUAAUUAUUUGCCUUAUGGAGUUGAUUAUCCUGGUGGACCAAGUGGAAGGUUUUCCAAUGGAAAAACCACUGUUGAUGUCAUAGCGGAGCUGUUAGGGUUCGAGGAUCCUAUUCCACCCUAUGCAGAAGUUAGUGGCCAAGAGAUAUUAAAGGGCGUAAAUUAUGCAUCUGCAGCUGCUGGGAUUAGAGAAGAAACUGGCCAACAACUGGGUGCAAGGAUUAGUUUUACAGCACAAGUGAACAACUACAAGAAUACAGUCUCGCAAAUGGUAAAUAUUCUUGGAGAUGAAAAUUCUGCUGCAGAUUACCUAAGCAAAUGCAUAUAUUCAAUUGGAGUUGGCAGCAAUGACUACCUUAACAACUAUUUCAUGCCUCUCUACUACUCAAGUAGUAGGCAAUUUUCACCUGAACAAUAUUCUCAGGUCCUUAUAGAACAAUAUACUGAACAAAUAAGGACGCUUUAUGAUUUUGGAGCAAGGAAGUUUGCCUUGAUCGGAGUGGGUCAGAUUGGAUGUAGUCCAAAUGCAUUGGCCCAAAAUAGCCCCGAUGGUACAGCUUGUGUCCAGAGGAUUAACUCUGCAAAUCAAAUAUUCAAUAAUGGACUCAGGGGAUUGGUGGACCAAUUCAACAACGAUCGAAGUAACGCAAAGUUUGUCUACAUCAAUGCUUAUGGAAUUUUCCAGGAUUUAAUUAACAAUCCCUCAGCUUUUGGUUUUAGGGUGACAAAUGCAGGGUGCUGUGGUGUUGGAAGAAACAAUGGCCAAAUAACUUGUCUUCCUUUCCAAACUCCAUGUGCAAAUAGAGAUGAGUAUUUGUUUUGGGAUGCUUUUCAUCCAUCUGAAGCUGCAAAUAUUAUUGUUGGAAGAAGAUCGUACAGAGCUGAAAAGCAAUCUGAUGCGUACCCCGUGGAUAUUAGUCGCUUGGCUCAACUGUGAAGAUGAGGAUGUUAAAUAUCAUUAGUAGUGAAGCAGCUGAUAAAUUCUUGCAAAAAAAAAAAAAAAAACAUUGGUAUUCUUAGAAAUAUAUACACAUGCAAACUUGAUUUUGCUAUGUUGUUUGAAAGAUUUUCGAACUUUUAGUGGUUUUAUUUAUCCAAAUAGUUGACCGCACUUG